UUUUUGUACUACUAAAUCUCUAGGAAAUGGUUUUAACUAUAAUAACAAUUUGCUAGUAUUUUUCUAAUGAUUGUUUUUGUUUUUCGAUUUAUUGUGUAUUGUAUUGUUGUUUUAUGUCUGGUGUCGGUUAGUGUUGCGGCUGUGGUUGCCGUUUAUUGCCGAAUGCUUUCCACAGAUCAGUAGGGUAGCUGUAGUCAUAUGUAAUAUGUAGCCAAUAACAAUGGUCUGUUUUUAUUAUUUGAUGUGUCAAACAUACCGUGAUGAAAGACCGUCUGGUUUGUGCAGACUUCUCUUUCUCUUUUCCAUUAUUAAACUUAAAGAAAUCCCAAGGAAAUGAGUAGGCCUAUAUCAGCUAUUGUUUCUUUUGUGUGUAUUCUGCGUAUGUAUUAAAAAAAUAAUUUGUUUCAUUUCUUGUUAAUCUAAGAUUUUCACUCCAUCAUUGGGGUUUAGAUCCUGGGGUACUUGUUUCAGGAUUUUCUGAUGUAGAGCAAUUUAGAACAAUAGUUUUUAUAUGUUUGCGUCUAUUUCAGUCUCGUUGAACAUAACAAAAUGUGUGGAUGCAAUAUCCCGAACCUGCAUUUUGUACGACACGGAAAAGAUAUACCAUUAAAACGCCGCAAGGUGGCGAUCAUUACUGGCAAGGUGACGAUCUUGAGAUUACUUGAGCGAAUGAUUUGUUGAGGCUACUUGUUCAAGCCAACAUAUGAAACUCAGUUGAUGAAUUAUGAUCUGAACGAUGUCUAUACAAAUAUAUUGUUAUAACAUUGAUUUUCAUCAUUCAAAGAAUUUUAAAUGAACUGGUUUCGUUUUUUUCUUAAUGUAUUGCUUUAGUCCUCAUGUAAAAUGUUAAAUGGAAGUGAUUCGUUGUUAUAGUUUGUCCGUUUGAUUUUACAAUAUCUUUUUUGCAAAGCAUUUGAUUGUUUAACUGUAAAGUAUUUUCCCCAAGGCAUACGCGUGUCAAAAAUUUUAAAGAGUAAAGAGAAGAGUAUUUUAUUUUAAGAGCAAACUAGAUAUUAAUAAGUUUUAUUCAUCCUUCACUGUAAAAAAAUAAAUUGAACCAAUGCUGGGUUGUUUUAACGCCACUGUUGGUUUAUUAUACCCCAUGGUUGCAUAACAACAACCCAACAUUGGGUCAUUUUUUUAACCCAGCAUGAUGGGGUCAUUUUUAAACCAGCUGUCAUUUUUCUGUCCAAUAUUUACCCAUUAAUAACCCAGACAUUUUUUAGAGUGUUGCGUGGUUGAGCUUAACAUUUCUGAACCCAUUUUCCCCAAAGCAGUAAUUGUUGUCACAAAAUAGCUAAACAUUUUCAUGUUGCAGAGACCAAUUAUGUCCUGGAAUUGUUAGUGAAAGUAUUGGCCUUAAUUCAGCUCCAGUAGCCUUACGAUGCCCGUACGUUCCGAUUCGUUAAACAUACCAGGAGCAAAAAACACAAGUAUGAUAAUAUAUAGUGGUGAAAUAAUAAAUAAAAUUUAAUAUUUUCAGAAUGUAAUUUGAUUGUUUUUUCCACGGGAGACAUGGUUAGAUGGAUCUGAGAGAAGAUAGUUGAAGAAGACGAUUUGGACACGAAAUAGGCCUACGUUAGGGUCAGCAUAACACUGUUAAGUAUAACCAACAUGUAUACAUUUAACUUUGAACACAUACAGUACAAGUAUAACACAAGUUGUCAUUCAGAGGUGCAUGACGAAGAGGCAGCUACGUCCUUGACACUUCCAUAGCUCUUUUCAUCACCGUAAGUUGAGGCAUUACUCCUGGUGGUACCCCAACAGCUAAAUGAAACGGCCAGGAACAUGUAAAUCAGUGUACAAAAUAAUAGCUCGUUUUCUCUUUAUUCGUGGAGAAAAUGGGCUUAUUACUGUGCUUCGGAACUACAAAAAUUUAAUUCAGUUGAAGAUAGCCUACUGCUGUGAUCCUAAAUAGAUGUCAUCAGUCCAACGCAAAAAAAUACAUAGUAACAAAACCUAACCAUUUUAUCGUCACCCACAAGCAAGAGUUGUUAAAAUAUAAAUAAGGUAAUUUAGAGGCAAAGUGGUAGUAAACCCUAUUAAUAAAAUAAACCAUAAACUGUUUAAUAAAUGUACCGAGUAAAUCCAGCUAAAUUUUGGAAAUAAAAAAAUAAAAAAUGAUUAGUCUUUACAUAAAGACGGUAUUGUAUGUAUAUUUUGUAUUGUAUAUUUUUUGAUGACGACCGUAUUUAUUUAAAACCUCAAAUUUUGUUUCUUUGAAUCUUCCGAAUUCUAUGAACAUUCUGUAACCUAUGCGUGCUUUGUGUGCAGACCACGGAGCAUUGUUUCGGCAGAUCCUAUUUUUCUACUGCAGAGUCGUUACCCUCUGAAUGACCCCGUCGCGUGCUCGCCUUGCGACGGAUAUUUUAGGGCAGUUCCACGUCUAACCAGACGGUGGCGCGCUACUACAAUCUUUAAAACAACCGACGACAUGUAGUUUGGCGAAAGUCUCGUUGCGCGUUCUUGUCUCCAAACGCUGAUUUCCUGCUUACGCGUGAGUUUACCACUGGAGGUCACUGAAUAGGAUUUACGACUGGUCAACAAAAACACGUGAUUCUAAGCCUACUCCAUAUUUGGAAGCAUACGUAAGGAAGCAUUAAGUCUGUGUCUCACUCAUUUCCAUAAUUCAUCAUAAAUUGUGCAAGGGUGCAAUAGAAGCUCAAAACCACCAAGAGACACAAAUCAAACACACACAGUUUUGUUCUCUCCACAACUGUGGUUAUAGUCACUAAAUAAUUAUAAGGUAAUUAUUGUCAACCAAUGAGCUCUUAUUUUGUGAACUCAUUUUGCGGUCGCUAUCCAAAUGGUGCGGACUACCCCUUACAUAACUAUGGAGAUCACAGCUCUAGUGGCCAAUACAGAGAUUCUACGGGCAUGCAUUCGGGCAGGUAUGGCUAUGGUUACAGUGGAAUGGAUCUUAGCACCGGGAGCUCUAACACCGGACACUUUCUCUCAUCUGGUGAGCAAGCUCAAAGCUACACAGACAAUCGAACUGCGACGCCUGUCGGGUACAAUCAACCGGUUACCGCAAACAGCGCUGAGUCCCAGUCGCCUUCCUCUGACCCUCUCCCCUGUUCGUCAAUAGCCAACUCUACUGUCAGCGAGCCCUCACACCGCGCCCUAAAAACAUCACUACCGAAUACCACUGGCUCUACGACCAACACUGUCGGAGCCAUUCUCAGUCGCGAGGACGUCUCUAAAGCGUCCCACAGCAUGGAGGAAGAAAAUCCAGAAGGAAGUGCGAAGGCAGCCUCACUGAAUGUAUCUGAUGCUCAGCAGCCACACAUUUAUCCAUGGAUGAGAAAACUUCAUAUAAGUCAUGACAAUUUGACCGGACCGGAGGGUAAAAGGCCGAGGACAGCCUACACACGGUACCAGACGCUUGAGCUAGAAAAGGAGUUCCACUUUAACCGGUACCUGACACGCCGCCGACGAAUUGAGAUCGCACACACGCUCUGUCUAUCAGAAAGACAAAUCAAAAUAUGGUUUCAAAACCGAAGAAUGAAAUGGAAAAAGGACAACAAAUUGAAGAGCAUGAGCAUGACAGCUGCAGGAGGCGGAUACCGGCCCUAAGAAUGUUUACAAACUGUAUAUAUGCGUAUAAACUAUAUGUCUAUAAGUGUUGAAAAUGAAUGUGUGUGUAUGCGUGCCUGUUUCCGUGUGUGUUUGUAAAAAAGAGAAAACGAAAGUUAUUGGCUUUUUCCAUUUCGCAAAAGACUUUCCACUGGACAGGGCGUUCACUGGCUCAUGACCAGUUGGCCUUGGCCGGAAAAAAAAUCAUUUCCUUUUCGUGUUUCAGUGUUGCUUAUCUUUGCAUUGUCUUAUAAAAGUCAAACGAAGGUGUAAAAUAUCAAAAAUAUUUUGGAAUAGAAAAUACUUGAAGUUUCUGAAAGACGCGUUAGUUAAGCUAAACUGUAGAAGUGUUACAUUUGACUGCAUACGAAGCAAAACUUAAAGACAUGUGUAAAUUUGUUUUAAAAAUGUGUAAAUUUGUUUUAUGUUUUGUAAAUAUUCAUUGCUGUAUUUAUUUUAAUUUCAUAUAAUAUUUUUAAGUGUAUCAUUAUUUUGUAGUCAAAUUUAGGGUACUCAUUUUGUUCGUGCUGUACUGCCACUAUUGUAUUGUUAAAAUUGUUUCGUUCACUCCACAUAUUUGUCAUAUUUGUCUUGUAUUCGUUUUGAAUGUGUGGAAGUAUGUUUUAAAACUAAAACUGUGGUGUGUGCUAAUAAAAAAAUGGACAUGACAGUAAACUUUUAUUUAAAAUAUUUGAUCUCAUUGCCGUUUCAUGUUUUUCCAUAUCCUGUUUUCUGAGAGUAAUAGAUCUGUAGAACAUGAAAUAAACGUAAAUUAUAAUUGUUUUAUAAUCAAAGUCGAGUAAAAAUGUUAAACUUUAACAUAAGCAAAAUUUAAAUAUUUUUAUCUAUCUAUCUAUCUAUCUAUCUAUCUAUCUAUCUAUCUAUCUAUCUAUCUAUCUAUCUAUCUAUCUAUCUAUCUAUCUAUCUAUCUAUCUAUCUAUCUAUCUAUCUAUCUAUCUAUCUAUCUCUAUUUGAUUUAUUCAGUUCUAUAAAAGUUGGUAUGAUCUCUGGCAGCUCAACAGGUAGACGCACCAAUCGCCAUUACACUCACCCGCUGUGCAGGGGGCACCUAUGGUCCCCCUGCCAACCUAUUCAACACGAGUGCAUCCACGCCCAGUGUCUCGAACUCUUCUCUGGAAAGCUUAACAGAGUUUAAAGCGGCAAACUUUACUAAACCCUGUACCAUUCUGGCUCCGUGACAUUGGCGGGUAAGAUAAAUAAGGAGGUUUGUCCAUGAAUUAGAUCGUAAAAGUCACCGUUCCAGCCAGCAGAUAGGCUCACUGGCCAUAAAAUACGUCACGUGGUGGCAAUUAAAGUCAGUUUUUAUGGUUUUGGGGAGUCGACACUAUAUCGCAUAUAAUGUUUAAUCGCACUGACGUGGAGCUUCGUUGACUCUUUCUCUACAGACCGUAGAGGUGUUCCUUGACUGCAUCCAACUGUUUCUGACAUACCAGAUUGCUAUGGACUGGAAGCAUAACUACCGGAUUCACUGGGGUGGACGAGGGUCAGCUCAUGGUUCACCCGUAGAGCCCAUUGGCGAAGAGGUGUCACGUGA